AUGGGUCUUGCAAGACCCAUCAGUACUGAAAGGAUUCCACAAAAACAGCGUCUAAUUGAUUUAUUGUCUGAAGAACAUGCCUUAAGAUCUGGUAAAUUUUCCCAAAAUUUUACCAAACAAAUUGCUGAUGCAAAGUGGAAUGACAUUGCAAAACGCUAUUCCAGGAGGAAAACAUUGUCAGAUAAAAAAUAUGCUAAUAAAACUGGAGGAGGACCUAAUUGUUCUAAUAAUUUAAAUGAAAUAGACAAACAAAUAUUGGCUUUAAUAAACCCUACCACCAUUAUUGGACAUAAUAAUGUUGCUGAGUCUAAUGUUGAUUUUAGUUUUCAUAAUGAUAUUGAUAUUAGUUUUGAAAUAGAAGAACUAGAAGGCGAUGAAAUAGUUCUUGAUACCAAAAAUUUUGAACCAGUUGAAGUAGUUAAAGAUAUUGAUCAUUCUUUAUUAGUGUCAUUUAACCAAGAAAAUAAUCUAGCAGUAAGACUGCAAAAGAGUGUAACUGCCACAGAAAAAUUAGCAGGUAUAGGAACAGAAAAAUUGUUAAUAAAAAAAAGAUAUUAUGAUAAAAAACUUUUAUUACUUGAAAAACAAACCGAACUAUUAUCCAGACAAGUCUCUCAUAUGAAAAACAAACUUCCAUCUUAG